UUAAAAAUACUAGAAAUGAGUGCUUUAAUCAAGCAUUACAGGCCCGGGAGCCUUAUUACAGCGACUAAUGUUAAAAUAUGGCGAUGGAGUUCUACAAAAAUAGACACGACGUUGAAAAAGGAUGACGACGAGGAAGAAUUUAGAGUAUUGGAUAUUUUGAAGAAACGGGAGAGGCAACAACGAAAAGUUAGCAAAAGAGCUGAUAUACAGCCUGACAGAGCGGAUAGAAUGUCUACAGAUCAGAACUGGAGCAAUGUUUGGCCUGGCCCCAAAACCUUCCACCCAUCAUCAGUGCCUCUACCACUCCGCCAGGGCUACGUUCCAAAUAAGCAAGCUCCACCGGGCAAAAAAGCUAACGCUGAACUAAUGAAAAUACCAAACUUCCUGCAUCUCACGCCACCAGCCAUAAAAGCUCAAUGUGAAGCGAUCAAACAGUUCUGUACUGAAUGGCCUAAACUGUUAAAUUCUGAAGAAGCCAUAGAGAAGCACUAUCCGUUGGAAAUCAUUACUUCAGAUUACUGCCACGCUAGUCCAUCUAUAAGGAACCCAUUAGCUCGAAUAGUUACUUUAAGACUUAAAUUGUCAACUUUAAACCUGGAUAAACAUGCUCGUGAUAAGUUUAUACGGUUGGUCGGUGAACGUUAUGACAAAACUACGGACUUGGUAACGAUCACAGCUGACCGUUGUCCGGUUCGGAAACAGAAUUUGGAUUAUGUAAAUUAUUUAUUAACUGCCUGCUAUCAUGAAUCGUGGAAUGUGGAAGAAUGGGAACAGGAAAAGACUGAGGAAGAUAUGGAGUACUAUGAUUGGCACAAUAAUGCUUCUAAAAGGAAUUUAGUCGAUUGGUAUUUGCUUUUAACAAAUGACCGGAGAAAAUUAUCAAAUGAAGAAUACCGAAAUUUUGAUAUAUCUGUAAUUCCAAAUGGGGAUUCGUACAGAGAUGCUGUAUCGAGUUAUUUUAAUGACGGAGAAAGUGAAGCCGUGGUAAAAAAUUAUGCUAAAGUUGUUAGAAAUUUGCUAGGGUUGCCAGCAGAAAAAGUUGUUACGUAACAUUUUUCGAUAUUUGUACCUUUUCAUAAAUUAUGAAAUGAUUUAGAUUCAAAUCGAGUUCUUAGGUUUUCGCGAUUGUUACACAUA